ACAUCAUAAUAAUCAAAUUUUCUGUUUUUUUCUAACAAAAUUUCCAUUUAUGUCCCUCUUUCUUCCAUCUUUAGCUUCUUCUCCAAGAUUCAACAAUCUAUUACUUUGUCCAAAAAAUUGAUUUUUUUUUACCUUUGAUUCAAUUAAGAGGGUAAAUAAAAAUCUUGUAAAUUGCAGAAAAUUCUAAUCAAGCAUUUUUCACCCUUUCACAUUGUUCAAAGGUCAAUCAAUUUUUGCAAUUAUCCUUCAUUUCUUGAAAUUUCCAUUUGUAAUAUUUCAAUUAUCAAUCUUUUUCUUAAUUAAGAGGUAAAUUAAUCAUCUUCCUUAGUUAAUUGUUCCUUGAUUUUCAAAAAUCUGUUAUCAUCAGAUUGUGCUUGAGUCCUUCUUGAGGAUUUGGUGGCAUUAACCAUUGAAUUUUGAGACCUAUUUGCCAAAUUCAUAAUCUCCAAAUUUUGGAAUAUUUUGUUGGAAAUUAAUAUAUAUUGAAAUAUUACAUUGUUGCGACAUUGAUCUUAUAAGGUGGAUUUUUCACUAGUAUCAAUCUUUGCCCUAAAUAAAAGGGCACCCCUUACAAAUUUUCAUUGUUAAUGGCUACAUGAUUUUGGGAAGAAAUAUAAGGGUGGGAGCUUUUGGGUUCCCUAGAAAAACACAAUUGUAACAAGGAUUAAGUUUUACAAAAGGGUAAUUAUCUAUUAAUUGAAAAGUACCCUUUUGUAAUUAGAGAGGAGGGUGUGUUAAUAACAAUAAAAUGGGGUGCAUUUGCUCAAAAUACUCAAACAAAGACAAAGUUGAAGAAUAUGGGAAAGGAAAUGAGUGGAAUAAGUCUUCAGUGCAAAUAGUUGCUCCUACACAGUUAAAUGGGGUUGGAGUUGGUUCGGAUGGUUCUAACUCAGUGCGUCGUUUGGCUAAGGCGCCUUCGCAAGUGGUUAGAGCAGAAGAAGAGAAAAGCAGUCACUUUGAUGUUGCUAUAAAAAGUCUACAUCAUAGAUGUAUGACAGUAAGUUCUAGUGUAGGUGAAAAAAAGCCACUAAUGAGUAGAAUACUCAGUGUGCAAAAUUUUUCAGGAGAACAAUAUGUUGAUUCUGGGUGGCCAAUAUGGUUGUCUUCGGUUGCUAAAGAGGCUAUCAAAGGUUGGGUUCCGAGAAGGGCGGACUCUUUUGAAAAAUUAGACCAAAUUGGACAAGGGGCGUAUAGUAGUGUGCACAAAGCUAUUGACCUUGAAACUGGUAAAUAUGUGGCUUUGAAGAAAGUUCGAUUUUCAAGUGGAGAUGUUGAAAGUGUCCGUUUUAUGGCAAGAGAAAUCUAUAUUUUGCGUCAACUUGACCAUCCUAACAUCCUCAAACUUGAAGGUCUUGUCACAUCUAGAACAUCAACUAGUUUGUACCUUGUUUUUGAAUAUAUGGAGCAUGACCUUGCUGGAUUAGCAGCUAGACCUGGUGUCAAGUUCACUGAACCACAGAUUAAAUGUUUCAUGAAGCAACUAUUAUCCGGGCUAGAACACUGUCAUAGUAGGGGUGUGUUGCAUCGUGACAUCAAGGGCUCUAAUCUUCUAGUUGAUAAAGACGGAAAUCUAAAGAUUGGAGAUUUUGGUCUAGCAACUGUCCAUGAACCUGAUAGCAAGGUGCCAUUGACAAGUCGUGUCGUGACUCUUUGGUAUAGGGCCCCUGAACUUUUACUAGGUGCUACUGACUAUGGUGCUACAAUUGACUUGUGGAGUGCUGGUUGCAUUCUAGCUGAAUUGUUGAUGGGCAAGCCUAUCAUGCCUGGAAGGACAGAGGUGGAACAAAUGCACAAAAUUUUUAAGCUUUGUGGUUCUCCAUCUGAAGACUAUUGGCAAAGGAAAAAACUUCCAUAUGCAACAAGUUUUAAACCACAAAACGCUUAUAAACGACAACUAGCCGAUACAUUUAAAGACUUCCCUUCUACUGCAUUGGAACUUGUUGAUAGGCUCCUUUCAAUGGAACCAGAACAACGAGGAACUGCAACUUUCGCCCUUCAGAGUCAGUUCUUCACUACGGAUCCUUUGCCUUGUGAUCCUUCGCGUUUACCAAAGUUUCCGCCAAGCAAGGAGUUCGAUCUAAAGCGUCAAAAUAAAGAAGCCGCAAGAAAAAAUAUAGAAGCUGUCAAAGUAUGCGGACCAAGAACUGUUUUAAGAGGAUCGGGAAAUACCAAAGCAUUGGAAGCACCGGACUAUAAUGCUCGAGGAGAUUUAUCUUUGCGGGGUAAGCCAAAUACUAGAAUGUCCCGUCUUAGAUAUGAAUCACAAGAAGACGAUGAGUCGAACCAUAAGUGUGAACCAAGUAGAAUAUCUAUGCACAACGGCUAUACAAAUUCAGCAGCAUUGACGCACAGCAAUACAACAGGACCAUCCUCGUUAUGCAAUAAGAGACCAGAAUCAUCUAUACAAAAUAUUCCUGAGUUAAGGACACAAAGGUCUCAAUUGAAUGAAGUAGCAGUAGAUUCUUCUAUUAAAAAGGAACAAGGCAUGUCAGGCCAAGAAACCGGAACGGGUUAUGUGCCUAAGAAAAAUAGAAUCCAUUGUUCCGGACCGUUGAUGAUGUCUUCUGGUGGAAAUAUUGAUGACAUGCUAAGAGAGCACGAACGGUUAAUGCAAGAUGUUUUCCGUAGUGUCAAGAAGGGGAAUCCGCAAUGAAACUCGAGCGUUUAUCGUUGUGAAACCCUAUUUUGGCAUGCAUUUUCUACAGCCUGAUAAAGGAAAAGAAUGAGAUAUGUAUGAUAGAUGGUUAACAAUUAUUGAUGCAAAAGUAUAUUAUGAUCAUUGAUCGUUGGGGUUCUUUGUUGUUAACUUGUUACUACAUAUUGAUGGAGAAGUUACAAUGGAAAUUCUUUCAUUUCUUAUACAUUAUGCCUGAUAAUUAGUUUAAGUA